AUGGCAUACAACAAAGGCUUCAACCCGGACAGGUUGCCGAUGCAUGCAGAGCCAGAUCAGGCAGCGGCCAUGAUGUCGCAAAACUCACCUGCCUCGGCCACGCGCCCACCACGCACCAGCUCCGCCCGCCCGGAAUACAAUAAGCCGCCGCCCGCGCUCCCCAGCCAGAGAUACGACGCGCGCCCCGACGAGCGCUACGGCGGCGGUGGUGGCCGCGGCGCCGUUGGUGGUGUUGGAGGAUAUGAAAGCAGACCCCCUCCCGGCGCAUUCAACGACCCGCGCUACGAGAACCGGUACGACUCACGAAUGGACAACAAACUAGGCGUAGGAUCGCCUCCACCUGCAAACUACGGCCAUGGACCCCCGCCGCAGGGUUACCACGGUAGGCCGCAGCUUGCGCAGCAGAGUCGGCCGCCGCCUACGCCUGCGCCGUCGCUGCCGAGAGAUGGGAAUGAUCGCGAGGCUUUGUGGCGGUUGUUUGGGGCGGUGGAUAAGAAUAAGAGUGGUGAGCUUACAGAAGCGGAGUUGCGAACCGCUCUUGUCAAUGGCGAUUGGACUCCUUUUGACCCGCAUACCGUACGCAUGAUGAUUCGCAUGUUCGACACUAACCGCUCCGGUACCGUCAAUUUCGAUGAAUUCUGUGGCCUAUGGGGUUUCCUCUCCGCCUGGCGCAGCCUCUUCGACCGCUUCGACCAGGACCACAGCGGCAACAUAUCAUACCCAGAGUUCAACGAAGCGCUCGUGGCGUUUGGCUACCGUCUGUCGCAGCAAUUCGUCGCGCUGCUGUAUCGCACGUACGAGCGGGAUUCGCGCAACGGGUUGAGUUUUGAUUUGUUUGUGCAGGCGUGUAUUAGUUUGAAGCGCAUGACGGAUGUGUUUAAGAAGUAUGAUGAGGAUCGUGAUGGGUAUAUUACGUUGAGCUUCGAGGAAUUUCUCACAGGUGCGCAAGCUUUGUUCCUCUUCAACUCGAUUUCGGCCACCACUGAUACCGGACUUUACUAG